UUAAUAAAUAGUUAUAAAUGCAAUAAAAAAAUUGAAGAUAGGCUUUAUAGAAUCCAUUAAAUUGGGCCUCAGCAGUUUGUAAGGCGGCCCUACUCAACAGGUGUGCUUUGACCUCAAUUGUAAUAACACACUCAAGAAUGACGUGUGCACUGAUUUCACGAAAGUAUGGAUUGAGCCAAUGCAUAGGGCUACCAGAAUGUUGCAGAUGUCAAUGUAUCUCUAAGCAAAAGGUUUACAGGCAAGACUGAAGACAAACUUUAGAUGGAAAAGGCGAAAUUAGCACAUUUUUUUCGGCUUUCAACUUAUUCAACGAUAUAUCUCAUUAUCUGCAUAACAUCCUACGCGUGUGAGAGAUGUGGCAAUGAAGAGUGCAUACUCCUAUUUGCUAACCAUACUGAAGAGAAUAGAGCAAGAUGUAACAUUGGUUAUGUUGAUGGGUUAGAGAAAUAUGUGGUGAAAGGCCAAGUGAAUAUAACUGACAAAAAUGUCCUUGCAGUUGGGCUUGAGAAUGUUGCUGCAAAACAGUUUGGAAUACCAUCAUAUUUUUGCUUAAUUCGUUUUGUGAAGGGAUGUAACGGUAACAAAACAGAUUUAUGUUACUGUGUGGCGACAGACCAGAGAAACGUUUUCAAUAUUGUCUUCAACAUGACAUUAACCUAUCAAGACCGUAAUGCCCAAGCAAGGGCUGUUAUGUUGUUAUCUGAUCGCCAAGAGAUCUUCAGCAAUGACAUCAAGCUACCCAAUGUGACCCAAUUAGAUCUGACCAACGUUUCCUACGUUCUCAAUAUCAACGGGAAAAAAGUCAAUACGGAGAAAUGCCUAAAGAGUGUACAUGUCUCGACCCUAGACAUUUCCUAUGAUGUCGUUACAAGCCAAAGUCUUCGGACUGAGCUGAGAAUUACAAGUGACAACAAGACAGAUUUAUGGAGGGACACUAAGGAAGGAAGUUUUCCAUUAUCAGGUCUAAGUGUAGAGGCUGCUUCAGAUGUCUACUUCACGUUCAACUUGUGCGGCUUUAGUGAAAAGAAAGUGCUUUGUACGUUCAUAAAAGGUGAACAUUAUGGUCGCAACGGUCCAACUAUUGAAAUACUAUUUGCCUCUUUUGCCCUUUUCAUUCUCAGCGUAAUCAUACUGCUCGCUACACUGAUUUUCUUCUGCAAAGUUAAAACUAAAAGAAAGAGAUUUCAAGACAUUAUCAUGGUGUCGGAUGAGAUCAAUUCAGCUCGUCCACUGAUAGAGGUUAAUACCAUCCACACGCAAACGGAUUCUUUGUGAGAACCGAUGAACACAUUGAGAACUUCGCUCUGAUACCAAAACUAAAGCGUGCUAUUACGUAUAUCAUUCAAGUUUGAUACAGUUUAUUGGCGACGGGGAAACACAAAACAUCACUUUUGCUAUUGCCAUUUGAGCAUUCAAUGAGCUGUCAUCAUUUAAAUAGUAUCAUAUGCAAUGAAGCAGAUUUAUUUUUCUCUAUGUUAAUUAAGGUAUUUUCUUACCUAGUUAUUUCAACUAAUAAUAUAACAAUAGAUUUUAUUGCAAGACUGGCUAAUGAUACUACAAAAAUCAUGGCAUGGCAAAGACCUAAUAGGACCUAACAGAGUGAGAAAUAUUAGAGGAUAAAAUAGACAUUAUAAGAUACAGUGUGUUAUUACAUGUAAGUGUGUGUACAUGUGUUUUGCUUUAGUUUACUUUUCUAGUCUGACACUUAAACAUAAUGACGUCAGUAAUCGGUUGUGCAAAUAUAUUUAUAGAAAAAAAAGUCAAAAUAUUAAAAAGGAUUUUUUAACCCGAUUAAGUGAACUAGAAUAUCUGCCAUUCUUAAUUAGUUGAAGUCUGAUGUUCAAUGAUACUUGUUACGCUAAUUAUUCUUAUUUAAAGCAAGCGUAAGACUAUUUCUUUUGCGUAACAGUAUAACUACAAGUAUUUUGACUUUUUAUUUGUAUUUAUACAUACUUUAAAAACUUAUGUUGCAAUUUAAGUAAUAGAAUAAGAAAAUAAAAUGUAUAUUUUUUUAAAUAUUCAUAUACAAAUAUACAAAUAUACAAAUAUACAAAUAUACACAUUUGUAUCUCCCAGUGAAAUACUUUUCUUUGUAUUUUUACCCGGUGAUGAUAAUUGAAUUAUUGGAGCAUGACCUCCAUUCAUCUAGAAUUUUAUUUUUCUAAAUUAUCCAUUCUAUAAUUUACAACAAUAUGAAUCUUAUUCAGCUUAUGAAUUGAAACUGUAUUAUAUUUUUUUUUUCGUGGAAGUUUAAAUUAUUCUACACAAUUUUCCAACACUUUUAAUGAUGAUUUUCUUAUUAAUGCUAAUGUUGUUAUACACAAUAGUAUUAACUGCGUUGUGUUGUUUUUUUUUGUGAUACUGUGCAUUUUAUCCGACAAGAUGUUCUGUCUUUGUUGCAAUAACUUCAUUUUCAUUCCUGUUCCUGAUGAAUGGCUUAGCAAUGUAACCUUGUACCCAGAUUCAAACAUAUGAAGAUGCUUUCCACAUUCCUGAGCCCUAUUAUAAACAAAUCUAAUAUCAAUAAUGAAUCAGUUGAUUUAAAAGAAAAAAAAAACGCGUUCCAGCGCAUGGCGAUUUAGUUACCUUUUAAAAUACUACAUUUAUUAGCACUAAAUAAACAUGGAUUUUUAUGUAAUACUUAAUAUUUAUAUAGUCAUAGCAGUGCCUGCCUUAAAUAAUUCGAGGUCUUAGUGAAUUUGCUGGCUCCAAAUAAAAUAUAAAAAUAAAAAAUUAACAGCGAAAAAAGUGUUAAUACACAGUUUAAUAAAAACCUAGUGUACCCCAUACAGUUAGUGAGAAGGGCAAAGGCGAGUAAACGUCGUCUUAACCCAGCGGUUCUCAACCUUUUAAUCUCGGCGACCCCUUUUUACUAUCCCCCACUCUGCCGCGACCCCCCCCCCCCAUAACAUACACAGCAAUAGAAGAAUACACUAAAUAUAAUCCAUUUUUUCGAUGGUCUUAUGCGACCCUUGACAAAUCGUCAAUCGACCCCUCAAGGGGUCGCGACCCACAGGUUGAGAACCCCUGCCUUAACCAGUAAGCUUCGGGCAGGAAGGGCUCGUUAGCCAUGGCUGGCUACCCACCUAGGAGAAGGAAAGCUCUGAAUUCAAACCUCUGUUGCCUUGCAGCUAUACCCAAUCAUGGGAAAGGCUUCGGGAGUAAAACCCUGAGAAAAAAAUCAGGAGCUGGCGACCCUAAGGCAGUUUGCAGCACCCAGUGCUACACUCUGGCAGAACCUGCGACGCCGCUGACCCCAAACUGUAUGUGUGGGCGGCAUCGUUCCGACCACAGCUAAUGCCCAGGCAUUCAUAUCACCGAGAUGAUCCAUAGUCGCUUCGCGACUGAAUGAGGCCUUAGAAAAGAGUGUACCCCAACAAUAAGACUG